AUGACGAGCGAGGAAGCUGCGAUUAAGUCGCUGUUGGACACAGACAUGUACAAACUGACAAUGCAUGCGGCGGUUUACGUGAAUUUCCCAGACACCGAGGUCGUCUACAAGUACACCAAUAGAUCCGCCGGCCUGAGCUUCAACAAGGCUGCUAUUGUGUGGCUCGAGGACCAGGUGAGCAAGCUGGCAACACUGCGCUUCACGGCGGAGGAGGUGGCAUACCUUAAAGAGACCUUGCCUUUCCUGCCUGCGCAGUACAUCGAUUACAUCUCGUCGCCAGAGUGCCGCAUGGACCCUGCCACUCAGGUGCAGCUCCUGCACGAGCAGCGAGAGGGCGAGGAGCGCUAUGACCUGAACAUCACCGUCACCGGUCUCUGGAAAGACACGAUCCUCUACGAGAUACACAUGCUGGCGCUCAUCUCGGAGGCGUACUUCAAGUUUGUCGACACAGACUGGGUGCUCGACGGCCAGGUCGAGCAGGCGUAUCGCAAAACGCGGCUGCUGUUGGACAACGGCCUGGUCUUCUCGGAGUUCGGCACGCGCCGGCGCCGCUCGCUGCUCGUCCAGGACCUCGUGCUCCAGGGCAUCGCCGAGGCCGUGGCAGAUAGCGGUACCGGCGACACGCAGUUCAUCGGCACCUCCAACGUCUACUUCGCCAAAAAGUACGGCGUCAAGCCCGUCGGCACCGUCGCGCACGAGUGGUACAUGGGCAUUGCCGCCCUGACAGACGACUACCGCAACGCCAACAAAAACGCCAUGGACUUCUGGCUCAACACCUUCGGCUCCGAACAGGCGGGCCUGGUCCUCACCGACACCUUCGGCACCGAUACCUUCCUGCCCAUGUUCCGCCCGCCCUACUCCGACGUCUACGACGGCGUGCGCCAGGACUCUGGCGACCCGGCCGUUUUCACCGAGAAGGUCGCCCACCACUACCUCAACGUCCUGCACUAUCCCCGCUUUUCGAAGGUCAUCUGCUACUCGGACUCCCUAAACCCGGAGAAGGCCCUGCAGUACGCCGAGGUCGCACGCGCACACGGCAUGAGAGCCUCCUUUGGAAUCGGCACAAACUUUACAAACGACUUCCGCAGACAUUCUGCGCCCGACGCCAAGAGCGAGCCACUAAAUAUCGUCUUCAAGCUGCUUACUGUCAACGGACGCCCCGCCAUCAAGAUCUCUGAUGAUCUUGGGAAGACCAUGGGCGACCCGGAAAAGGUCGAAGAGGUAAAAAGAGAGCUAGGCUAUAUAGAAAGAACGUGGGAGGGCAGCGAUGAGGCGCAUAGGUGGAAAGACUAG